AUGACAGAGAAGGGGGUGACGCCAGUUCCUUGUUUGCGAUCACAUGAUCUCUCAAGGUACCAGACAUCGCCCUCAUCAAAUACCCCGGGUGGUGGUGGAAGAGGGGGUCAAGAGGAUGAGGAGAUCCUUCGACUCCUUCAACAAAUGCCAUCCAUCCUUCGACCUUGUGACGAGGGUGACCCAAGGGAUCCGAUAAACUCUACCUUCCAUCUUGCCAUACCCCAUGAUGUGGAUCCAAAUUCCGCAAACCAAUUGGACCCCUCAUGGUUUGUCAAUAUUGUCGUCACUGUCACCGAUCGGAAUGGAUGUGUUAUCUACCAUGAAGCGCACUUCCCCAAGAAUCCCUUCUUGCGUGAUGGAAUCAGUAAUUUCGUGGAUGUACGCUGGAGUGACUUUGUCCACCCUCCUGAUGUGGAGAUUUGGAACCAACAUCUUUCCGAAGCCGUUGCCGAAGCAGAUCGAUGGCGAGCGGCCCGACUGGCAGCAAGUCAAUCACCUCCACCACCUCCCUCAGCCCCUUUCCUUUCGUCCACUAGUGCCAUCAACACCAAUCAACGACGACGUCGAAUAAGUUCCGGUGGUGGCAGCUCUUUCGGAGGAGGUAUCUCCCAACAACAAGUUGUUUCCACCACUAGUCGGAUGAGUCCAGACAUGGCAGAGGCUGCCGCCAAUGCUGAAGCACUUCUUCGACGCUUCAUCCUCUCACCUCUCUAUCGCGCUCAUUGGCGAUCAGCUAGUGAGGUCUUCUACUUUAGAACUAUCAGUCUUCCUUUCCUGAGGAAUCAGGGAAUUAAUGGAAACGAGGCAGCGAGAGAUAAGUUGCACUCAUCUACGCCCACUGUUGUUAAUGAAAGCACUUCUGUCUUCUCUCCAACUUCAUCAUUUGAGAACCUCCUUCUUCUUAAUUACCAUUGCAUCCUCGGCAAAGUUCCCGGGGACUCCUUGCUGGAAUCCAUCAGUUCCUGCGAAUCCACAGUCUUUGAUGCUGUUGCCCUCCGAGUUGCCCAAAAGCGGACCUAUCUCUCCCCUCUAAAGUCUGCUACCAAUACCAUUUCGUCGAAUCAACCAUCCAGUAAUAUCAACUCUUCCAGUCCAAACUCCUCCUCUAUUGAGCACCUUGCAACAGUCUUCUGUUUCGAUAACAUCUUCUCAGAGGACGGAUGUGACUGCAAUAACGAGGAUUCCAAAUUCUCGGAAUUCGGCCAAGACUGUCACUAUCGGUUUUUUGAGGAAUCGGAGCAAAACCAACGGACCACCACUCCCGCCCGGACGCCUUCCUAUUCCAGCGCUCAUUUGGCCCCCGUUGACAUUGACUGGAUUGAUCAGACUCUUCCCCUUGAAAAUGCCAACCAAUCAACCGCCUCCCAACCUACUCCCCAGUCGCAGUUCGCUCAACAACGGCCGCGAAAUAGCUCAGGAAUAUCCCAAGUUACCUCAACAGUAACUCGAGGUAUCUCUUCUGGUGUGUCUAGCCAAAAAGACGGAUCCUUUGAUAGACAUAGAUUGAAAAGCGCCGUAAUGACCCACUCUCCCUUAUCUAAUCUUCCACCCGAACUGAACAAAUUCUCCUCUCAAGAUGAUAAAAUAUCCAUAUUCCUUAGUCUUCUAUUGCCCGAAGCUAUACGGGAAAUCAAAGAGGCUAUAUCAGCAGAGCCUGACAUGGUCGCACAGAGGGUUCGAGCCAUUGUUGUGCGGCAUUUGGGACCUGAGAUCCUCUCAAGAUUCUUUUCCAACUCUUCCUCCUCGUCGCACAAUCAUCGCCAAAAUAUCAAUAAAAACCAAAGCCAACAGCAGCAACAGACACCUUCAUCUACAGAAAAUUCGAAUUCUAAUCCGAGCAACGGCGGAAGUCAGAACCUACCACCUCCACAGACAUCGAGUAUUGCUCUGACAACUUCAUCAACUUGUCCUGGAAGAAUGUCGUCUGCAUCAUCAGAGACUUCUCUUUGUGGAAGCUCUUGCAUGGAGACUGCAUCGUCUAUUGGGUCUCUAAAGGCAACAACCGCAGGUCAACUUUUGAGGGAGUCGGAUGGUACUCCGACAGCAGCAACACGUCCAGCAUCUGCCCUAGCCGCAUCUUCUAGCUCCUUCACUGCUCAUCCCCAACCGCCAAAACGCCCGUCCUUGGUGCAGGAGUUGUCUGUUCCUCCUUCGGAACCCGAUUCCCUCCCUCUUCCACCUCCACCUCCUCCAGCUCUAUUCUCCUCCCCCUCAUCCUCCUCCAAUAUGGACUUUCAGACCUUCUUUGGCAUUCAGCAGCAAUCUCAACCUUCAACAUCCCCUGGAGCUCAGGAUGCCCAUUCCUCCGCUGGAGUGUUGGAAGCCCUUUUGAUGGGUAAUUACGAUCCUUCAAAAAGUCGCCUUCGAAGAGGCUCGAGCUCUGCUACUUCAAUUAGACAAAGAAAUGUCUCCGAGGCGACUGCUGUUUCGAGUAAAAGUGGACCCGAAUCUCGUCAACUCAUGUCUAAUAGCGGACCCUCGUCUGCCUCAUGUCCUCCAACAAAAAGUGGCGAUAGUAAUUUUGCGUUCGAGAGUGAAGAAUGGAACAAUGGAGAAGGAAAUAGCUCAUCUAACGAAGCCAAAAAUACGUCAGGAAAUACAUCAGCUCAAUCGAUAUUGAGUCCAAAUCCAUCGAAUCCCUGUUCAUCUUUGGCUCAUCUGCUGAGACACGGUUAUCCACCAUCGUCUUCCUUUAGUACUUCCAGUACAGCUGCUCCAGCUAGUUUACCUAUUCAAACUCCUCCUACUGGGCCUCCCGAAUCAGCUUUAACAAGUCCUGGAUUGCCUACGGCUUGUGCCGCCAGAGCCAACCGAUUGGCCGCCUCUGCUGGAGUCCCCAAACCUCUUGAUACCCCUCUCACGGUUAUUGUGCCCUCUGAUAGCAAAUGCCGUGGCUCCGAUGGCGUACAGGGCAGCAGCUACGAGAAAAUCAGCCAUUCAACCCCAAAGGGAGAUGGGCCAUCACCGCCAAAGCAGUCCCGAAUUGAAUUUUCAGAUGGAAUGAGCUUAGCUUCUCUACCACGAAAGCCAGAGGCGCGUCGGUCAACUGAGGAGGAGGAUAUGACUCUCGCGAACUCUUCUCUUUGUCGAUUGCUUCAAGGAGCUGAUCCCUGGGACUCCUUGACGGCUGAAGUGGACGCUGCGGCUCAAGCUGCUCAAGUUGCUCCUCCACCUCCUCCUCCCUCUUUCUUUGAACUCUCCUCUGACGCUUUGAUAGCCGGUGAUAACGAGAGACGUGCUAGAUACGAUUCGUAUCCACCAAAUUCCAGGAAACCGCUCUCUGUACCGGCGCAACAGCGCCAUAUGGGGUUAGCGGAAACCCCUUCUUCUUCUAAGCUUCAUCCAUCUCAAACUUCUGUUCCCGAAAUGUUCAAUGGACCUCAAAGUUCUAGCUCUUCAGCUCCACCUUCUGCUGUCAAUGCUAUUGAUCUAAAUAGGAGUAUGUCUCCUGCAACUCUAGAGAAGAAUCGAAGAGCCGCUGCGGCUGCAGCUGCCCAGAUUGCAGAGGAGGCCGAAAAUCAGCGUCGCCAACGUCCCAGCUCACAGCAUUACUAUGAGCGUCAGAACGUGAGUCAGGUCACAACUUACGGGCAGGAUGGCCAUUCACUGCUCGAGGGAACCCCGUGCCAACAACAGCCCUGCUCCCUGAAUCCUCCGCCCCCACAGCAUCAUCAAUCUCAACCGAACUCCAACUAUGGAUCGCUGGGUAAUAACAAUGCCAUGGUCUACAGUGAAUAUGACGCCCCCCAGAUGAUGUCUAAUCAAAGGCCACCACUGGAAGACUUCUCUCGUCAGUUAAAGGAAGUCGCACCGAAUGUUAGGGUUGCGCCGACCGGAUAUCAUCAGAAUAUGUAUCUCCCAGAGCAACAAAUGAUGGCCCCCAUGCCACAAAAUUAUGAUUAUUCAGGAGGACAUCUGGCCCCAGUUAACUACGAUUACCAGGAUCGUUCAAUGGUUCUUAAUCAUCCCCUCUCUGGACCUAAUCUCCCACCAUCACCGCAGCAGAGUCAUCAUUACUGUCCACCGCCUUCCCAACCGAUGUACUGCAGCAGUUCAGGUUAUUGCACCGCCACAAGCGCCACUCACUUGCCCCCAAUUCAGCCAAAAAUUCCCCAACCGUACCGUAACCAGCAGCCACAACAACAAUCUGCUUAUUAUCAACAGCCCCAAGCCACUCGUCAUUUGCAGCAACCCCAACAGCAGAUGGCGUGUCAACAGUCGCCUCAGAGGAUUCAUGCACAAAUGCAGAUUCCACCGUCGCGUCCACAGCCCAUGAACCAGUCUACCGCCAACUACUCUGCGGGCUACUAUGAUCGACAUCAAUGUGCUGCCUAUCAACACCAGAGCCAAAAUCAACACCAAAUGAUGUCACAGUCUCAGUCUUCGCAUUCAUCAACUCCUCUUUCACCUCUCUCAAUGGCCCUCCAACAGAAUCAAUCAUUGCCUGCGAAUUCUCAAGUGAAGGCUAACCUUAGGGAGAAAGUUACAAGUCGUUGUCUAGCUCAAGGCAUGGAAGUUCCUUUGUCUUCUGGUGUUGGUCGUUCGCAGAUUUUGCCAACUUCUGGUCAGAGACGAUCACGUCCUUCUGAACUCUUAAAUAACUCUGGAAUGGUAGUUGGUGGAAGAGGAGGUGGUGAAGGAAAUGGAUAUUAUUACGCGCAACCCCCACCACCGCCACAAUAUCAACAGACAAUUCAGUGUUCCCCGAAUAUACCCUCAAAUAACGAAAUUGGAUCUCCACUGGAAAAUCUAAUGCCGUAUACCAACUCCGAUCAGCAACUAGUAAUGACCCAGCAACAGGAGCCACAGCCGCAAUCACUCGAAGAAUUCCGAAAACAGCAGAUUCCCUAUCAGCAGUCACCAUCCAAGAAAUAUAUCCCCUUGGACGAAAUGGCUACUCCCAAUGGCGAUAUCCGGGAUAAGAGCAUUGCUGAAAGCAACGCAGAUAGGGUUAAUGAAGAUAUCCAACUGACGGAUGAUCUUGUUAAUGAUGUAUUAGAACAGCGCACAAGAGUAAUACAAACAGUACUUCUGAAUGGGCUCUACUCCCAAAGUCUUUCGCUCCAAUCUUGUAAAUGCUUCAUCACUCGUCUCGCCCUUCAUCGCUUCGCGCCGUUCUCUGCUGUGUCAUUAUGUACCUAUGCGGAUAUUUUUUCAUCGCGUUCUGAGUCCCCUGCUCCUAUCUACGGUUUUCUACUUGAUUUUUGCGUCUCAGGGGCUCCCUCUCCCCGUGUCAUGUUUUGUCUAUCACAAGAGCCCCCAACGGGCAUGAUUAUACUUGGUCUCCUCUUCCUUGCAUUUUAUUUUUGCACUCAUCGCCUCCCAAAUGUUUCCUCUCUUGUGAAAUAG